GAACCUCCCACUGGUUUCUCCGCCUUCUGCAGAGCUGCACCCAGGACCUCUUGGGCUAUAUCGCCAAGGAGUUUGGGAUUCUCCACCAGAUCCUGCAGGAGAAGGAACAGGGCAUGAAAGAGACCGUGGAGAGGCUGAAGGAGGAGAACCGGACGGAGAUGGAGGAGAGGCUGAAGGAGCUGGAUAAAGAAGUGACCUUUCGUAACGAGACCCUGUCCAGGGCCCGGGCAGAGAUGGACACCUCCGAUCACAUUGCCUUCCUCAGAGGCAUCAAGGAGCUGAUGAGAAGAGUCCGAGAGGAUCAGUCGAGCCGCGGUGGGGAGGAGGAAGAGGACAGUGCAAGUGACGAAGGGUCCAGCAGCGAUGACGAUGAUUGGAUUGAUGAAGAUGUAGAUGUGGCUAAUGGCGAGGAGGAGGAGGAGGGAGAUGAAGAUGAGGCUAAUGGCGAGGAGGAGGAAGGAGAUGAAGAUGACGAUGGGGAUAUCGUUGCUGUGGACCCGGCUCUCGAGGAAUUCAAGGACUCGCUGGACUUUGAGGCCUGGCAGGAAAUGCUGGGGACCAUCCAAGCAGCCACUGUCCAUGAUGGGGAGGUCACACCUGUCACAUGGAACUGACGACCACUUGGGGUGCAUCUGUGGGGCCAAUCCCAGCCCUCGGAGAUUCCGAUUCAGAGGAAAAGCUGCCAUAUAUUUUGAGGAGGAGAUUUGGUGGAGGGUGAAGGCGCCAGGAUCCAGUCUCUCUAGCCUGCCAGCGUGAGGGACAUGCCAUGGAAAUGUACUCGGAUUGCCCAGCAGGCAGGACACCGGCAUUUCAUUGCGUGUUGCAUGAGUAGCUGAUUCUGUCGAGUCUUUGGCUGAUAUUAACCUGGUUACAAGGACAAUUUCAAAGUGCUGUAUCAAAUAAACCAGAGCUCAGAACAGAA